AUGGACGAUCCGUCGAUGAUGCCCGAUUUAUCCCAUCUAUCGGCUGAAGAACGAGAAAUAAUAGAGCAAGUAAGUUGUCUAUCCCGAUGCAGUUCAAGAGAGUAGUUGGCGCGGUGAGAGCUCUCUGUCUCGGAGCAUGACGGACCCCCGGGGGGAGAGCGAGAAAAGGGAGGGGGUAUUACUUACAACGCCGUGAGCACGCAAAAUAAUGGAUAUGCAAUCAAACGAGUUUGUGCUCUUAUGUACAUUCGACAAGAAAAUUGGCAUGAUAUCAUGCAUACACACACACUCUCAGCGCUCCGGGGCCUUAGAUACUCACUCAAGACACUUGACACGUUUUUUUUCAGGUCUUCAAACGACAGAGGGAUGAAGAGGCCAAAGAAACACAAAUGUCUCAGUGAGUAUCUUGAAUGAAAUUGCUUCUUGAGUCUCUCAUUGUCACGCCCCACCCCACUCCGAUUACAGAAAGGCGACGGAAGAGCUGUCAGAGCUGGACAAGCAGAUAAACGAGAGGAAAGAGACAUCGAAGAAGUUGAUCGGCACACAAGAUGACGCGAUCUGUCAAAUCUGUCAGAAGACCAAAUUUGCGGAUGGAAUUGGUAGGUUUAAGCAGAUUCUGCCAAAAAAAAGUCCCCUAUGCCUGCUUACCCCCUUAAAAUAAAAUGCAUCAAUUUAGCAACAGAUGAGAGGAUUUUUCCAGGCCACAAGUGCUUUUAUUGUCAAUUGCGUAGCUGUGCGAGAUGCGGAGGUAGAGCACAGAGCAAGAACAAGGUAGGAGAAAGAAAAAGGGCGAAAGGAAAUGUUGGAUGAAUGCGUUUGAAUAGAAUAAACGACAACAGAUAGAAAUGGAAAGGAAGGGGGGGGGGGUCUAAACUAAAAGAGAUAGGCACAUGAUUUCUGGCUUCUUUUUUGGGCUGCACAAGGAAUUGGACAUAACUUCCGAGAAGAAGAUCCCGGAGAUUUUCGCGCUUGCUUUAUUACUGUCUGGUACAAAAAGAAUAGAAAAUCAGAAAAAUCCACCUGUCGCCUCGGGUAGCGAUAAUGAUAUCAUUGUUAUUUCCCCUUAUAAUAUAAUAAUAAUAAUAAUAAUGUCAAGGUAGGGAGAACAAUACAAUCUAUUGUUUCGCAAAGUAGUUUGCUGAAUAGAAAGGAUUAGCCCCCUCUUUUUUGCUGCCAUGAGGAGGAGUAGAGUGAAUCAAGAAAAGAGAAGAGAGAAAAAAGCUUUCAGGCAAUCUGGGCUUGUUCGUUGUGCCAGAAACGUCAACAAAUUCUGGCUAAAACCGGCAAAUGGUUCCAACCCGAAGAGCCGCCACUGCAGAAAAUUAGCGUUUCUGAGCCAAGUCCUUCACCACAACCACUAACUCAAACGGCCGAGCAAGCACCGCAAACGCAACAGCAGCAGCGACAAGCGGAACCACCGGACAAAAUGUGAGUUGAAACUUUGUUUUCUCUUUUCUUCCUAUUAAACUGUGCAAUGCAAUUCUCUUCAGGCACAAUCAAAACUACCAGCACCAAGACCAGAUGGGAAUGCCCAUACAGCCGAAUCAACAUCCACCAGUCCAGAUGAUGGCUCCCAACCAACAUCCACAACAGCAGAAUCAGCAUCCUAACAUGAAUUCGAAUUCGUUUAAUCAAGUUCCUAAUAAUCAUCAGCAAAUGAAUAAUCGGAGGCCGAUGCAACAUCAGCAGUCUUUGAAUCAACAGCAACAUCCUCAGAAUCAGAAUCAGAAUCAGAACCAAAAUCCACUUCAAAAUCAGAACCAAAACCAAAACUUUCGGAAUCAGGUGAGCUAUAAAGAGUAUUCAAGAUAAAUAUCCCUUUUUUCCUCGAAUAGAAUGGACGGGUCGUGGAAGCGAAACCUCUUGAAAGUAGCGGUUUGCAGGCCGGUCCCAACCAACAUCAUCAGCACCAUCAAAAUCAGAGACCAAAUGACAAUCGGAACAUGAAGCAACAUCCUCAACAACCGCCCACGCAGCAGCAGCAGCAGCAACAAAACACUAAUCAGUUUCAAGGCAAUGCUCCGGGAGGACAGACGCAACUUCAUCAGCACGGCCCACAACAACAGCCUUCCCAUCAUCAACGUAAGAGCUUUCCGAGAGAAGUAAAAAAACGGAAAAGGGAGGAAGAGAAGAGAAAGAGAAAAAGAGAGAGAAAUUGAAAUGCAAAGUUUUUUAGUAGUAUAGGAUAAUUUUAGAAAUGGGUGAGCAGCGGACGGAUAACAACAGAAUGAGAGAUGGCGGCGGCGGUGGCGGGAUGUUCAACAAGCAGCCUUCAUUAGAGGUACGUCGGGCCGCAAAUGAAAGAUUUCUAAUAUCUAAAAACGAGGAUGUCACGAUGGGCGAUACCAGCGCUGGUCGAAAUUAGAUUUGUGGCGGGUCUAGAGGCAUUUCAGACGAUCUUUGAGAGAAGCAACGAGAUUUUCCAAUAAAACCGAGCCUUUCCUUUUCUUUUCAGCGGACCGCUUCUAUAAACAAGUACAAUCAAGGGCGGAUAGAGGAAGAUAGCAUGAACCGGUUAGAGAAUUACUUUAAGCUCAAAUCUGAACGAAACCUUUUUGUAGACCGACAUUUUAUACUGGUACCUCUGAAAGUGACCAACGGCAGUACGACGGGCAAAUUCCACAAAAUUCUCAUAAUCAAAAUCAGAAUCAGCAGCAAAAUCUCAGGAAGAGCACUGGUAAUCGGGUAACGGAAGAAGACUAUGCGAGUUCAUCUCAUUUUGAGUCUAAAAAACGUAAUGAGCAUAAGGAGAGUUCGGAAACAAAAUUUGCCAUUUUUCAGAGCGUAAUCACAAUAAAUCUCAACAGCAACAGCAGCCAAGCACACCAGGCGUACGGGCAUGUCCACCAAACGACGACCAUCUGAAUCGAGUGAAAAAUCGGCUGCAUAGGUUAGUAGCUGUAAUUUAGCUAAUGGAAGUAAGACAUUGAUACUAACUCGUGACUCACUCACAAGUCACAGGUUGGAAGACAAUUAGCUAAUGCCCUUUUCCUUGUCUUUCCCUUUUACCCGCUUUUGUGGCCGACUCUCCCAAAGCUGCUUUGUUUUUUGUUCAUUUGCCAUUCCGACUCGUUUCCUUCCUGCAAGUUCUCUUCUCGGUCCUUGCAUACUUGAAGAAGCUGGCUGAACAAGCGAGCCGAAGGGAGCGGCGCUUCGGUUUUAAUGCAAAUUUUUAAUGAGUCGUGCCCGCCGUUGCCUCUUAGUCCCCAUUAACUGCAUUUUGUGACAUCUCCAUCGCUCUUUCUGCCAGCAUCUAUCCAUCUGUUUUUGUUCCAGACAACUCCGGUCGAUGUCUUCUUCUGAAGAAGACAUCAUCGCCGGCGGCGGUGGGAACACUUUGAAAAUGUCGACGUCGGCUGUCGUGGCGGCCGGCGGAAAAACCGCAUUCCAUGAUGAUAUGGGCGCAUCAAAUGUGCAGAGGUUGUCCGAGGAAUGCAAUUCUGAAAAGGGUUUGUGUGCGUGCGCUCGAAAUCCCAUGUUGACGUUUUGAUGAGUUUUUCAGACCUCCUCCGAUAUAUUUAUGGCGAUCAUAAAAACGCGGAUUCAACGUCGUCUUCUGGACCAGUCGGUCCCGGAAUGAAGAGUAAAACGCACGUUGCUCGUGAGGGGUCUUACCAAAGACUUUUAGACAUGCAAGCUAAUCGGAGACGUGACAAAUCGCUGUCCUUGUCGCCAUCGCGCAAUGAUCAUUUUGGGACGGGCAAUAUAUCCGGCGGGGAUUUACUGGCAUCACGAAUACGAACGUUUCUAUCAGUAAGAAUGAAAUGAGGUACACGCAUACGUAUUUUAUUCAGCAUCCUGUUACCUGGCAACCGUCCGCAGAUCAAAAACGGCUAAUAGGUCAUAUGAUCCUCCAUCGAACAGAAACUGCGGCCAACGGAGAUCUCGGAUUGAAAAUAGUGGGUGGCCGACGGACGGAUACCGGGAAACUGGGCGCAUUCAUUACCAAAGUUAAGCCGGGCAGCGUCGCGGACACCAUUGGAAGACUCCGUCCUGGUAAUGAGUUUUCUAAAACGGGACACAACGACCAAAACGGGAAUGAGUUUGUUUCAGGGGACGAAGUCGUCGAGUGGAAUGGCCAGUCGUUACAAAACGCAACUUAUGAACAAGUUUACGAUAGCAUUGCCGCCAGCAGAUAUGAUACCUCCGUCGAGUUAAUUGUUAGUCGGAGUGCAAUGUAAGCAAUUGAGUUUGUUUGAAAUGUUUUCGAGUUGAUCAAAUUCAGUAUCCCUGGUGGUGAUGACUUUCUAAACCUGACCACUUCUCAAAUGUCCUCGUCCACAUUUUCCCGAGCCGCAUCUGCUUACCCACCUCAAUAUCAGCGACAGCUGCCUAAUCCCGAACUUUUUCUUGGUAUUCAACUCAAAUGUGUUUCUUUCUGUAUGUUUUCAAUGUUUUCCAGAUGUCCAUCCGGCUCUUCAAUCCCAAUUAAUGCCUCACUCGCAGUCGGCAGUCUUCCCUCACAAUAACACGUUGACCUCGCGCAAUCGAUCAACGUCAAGCUAUUACUACACAGGUAAACCUAUAUUUAGCAAUUGGCAAUCUGUUUUCCGAUAUAUUUCACUUUUCACCUGUCGGCAACGGGGGGCAGGUGCUUGACGAAAUUGGGGAGAGCGCUGCGAGGGGUUUCGAGAAAUAAAAAUAAAAUGAAAGAAGGGUUUCAGACGUGCCGGAUCUCGGAAUUCCAAACAUCCGCGAGCUUCCGGACCAUCAAUCUUACGGAACUGGUCAUAUCUUCGGACGGAUAGAAAUUUCAUUUGUGUACUCUCAUCAUGAUAGACAACUCUCGAUUGCACUUAUCCAAGGAUUCGAUCUACCACCACGAUCCGACGGAGCACCGCGAAACCCAUACGUUAAAAUUUUUCUGUUGCCGGAUAGAAGUGAAAAGUCACGAAGGCAGUCCGCAGUAAUUGCUGAAACGUUGAUGCCGGCGUGGAACGAGAUUUUCACGUACAGCGGUCUCACUGAGCCCAUGCUUAUGCAGAGAGUUCUUGAGGUUUUCAUAUAUUUAAACGAUUUUCAAAAGUUCAUAUGUCUUUUUCAGUUGACCGUGUGGGACUACGAUAAAUUUGGCACAAACAGCUUCCUCGGAGAAACGUUGAUUGAUCUUGCGUCAAUGCCGCUUGACGGAGAGCAUUCGUUAAUGUGCGUUCUUGUCGACAUGGACGACGACAAUCCGUUGCGAACGGUAAUUGCUCUUUCCCUUUUUGAGAUACAUGUCAUUUGACUCCCGUUUUGCAGCGAUUAAAAUUGCGAAAAGCUUCGUACAACGCGCCAACACGACGUCCGCAGUCCGAGCUCAACUACUACGAUCACUCGUCCAACUAUUAUAACCACAUCAGUCAAAACAUGGACAGGAAUCAUCAUCAUGACGAGGAAAACGAUGAAUACAUUGAUGACGACGAGCUCGAGAACGACAUUGACCUGGCAUCGGGCGGUGCAGCGCGGAAAAGUCGGGCGUACCGGAGAGAGAAGGGAAUGUACGGUCACGGAUACUCUGAUUGGACACAGAACCAUGCUAGGCAAUCUGGUUACACUUCGGAUCACAGUUACGGCCGCCAGACUUUAACGGGCCGCGCUUACAAUCGACGCCAACAACGAAGGCCGAGAAGUGCAACUGCACUAUCGCAGAGUAAGUGCCACAAAAGUGCCGACGCCGGGUUGCAUGAGAAAUGGGGGGUGACGAAAGAGAGGAUGAAUAUGCAGAUUAGGAGAGGGAGCGUCGAAUCAAACCAACCGAACCAAGCUCUUCUCAAUUAUUCAUGAGCUUCUUCAUCUUUCAUGCUUUCAAAUGCCUUCUUUUUUUAGUGGAGAGAGAAGAAAUGUACGAUCCGAGACGGAAGCCGGGGGAUGAGGACGACUACUCGAUGAGAGAUUCGUGAGUGAAAUGAAAUCCUCGGUGGUAAUGCAUCUGAAACGCUUUUCUCGGUGCUUUUAGUGUUCGCCAUGGCUCGCAGUAUUACUUGAGUGACCAACCGUUGUACGAAGAUGGCCGCUACAAGAUUUCGCAAGGCCAAAUGAUGCCGCAACCGCCGCAGCAUAAUCAGCAACAACAGCCACAUCCGUCGACGUCGCAAGCUCAUCAUCAACACCCAAUGCAGCCGGGUAUUCAGCAGCAACAGCAAGGAGCUCAUCAACAUAUUCCACCACAACAAAAUCAGCAUAUGAUGCCGCCGUUGCCUGCUCAGGGAUAUUAUAGUGAUGGCAGUGAAACGUUAAGUAUGCAUUCGACAAAUAGCAUGCCCACUACGUAUGUCACGAAUAAAGUGUUGAAUGGGCAGUGUGCAUCUUUCAGAUUAACGACUAUCAAUAGGAGGAAUAUGGUCGCCAAUAACUCAAACGCUUCGAACGACACCACUUCUUUUGAAGAAACCCCGACAGCAAAUACUAACAGGGUUCCGAUUAAAGAGGCCAAACAAAGCUCUCUGGCGAGCUCAUCUUCCGUGGGUAACAGUGGAGGAACCCCUUCACAAAGCAACUCUAAUAAUGCUGGAUCGACAAUGAAAGAGAGGAAGAAGAGUUUGAUGACAAGGUUUAUUCCAGGAAGGGGAGCAGGUACUAGAUAUUGUCUGCACGUGCAUCACGUUUACAUGUUGUUUGUUUCAGAAGGGAAACGAACUGGUUUCGCAAGGUCUGAAGAAGUUGGCAUUCCUGGUAACUUGUCAUCGGAUCGGCUUGCUGAGCCGACUCCUCCCUUUCUGAAACAGGCCAGCAAAGAGAGCACCGAUUCCGCGCAUUCAGACAAGUUUGCACGCCAAUGGUAAUUCCCUCCCUGAGUGACGUCCUUUUCAGUUGGCUUCCAGUACUCGCUGAUGGUCCGCUUGGUACAUUUGUCGACAAUCUCGGUCCCGGACAAGUGGUCGGUCGGCAAGUGCUCGCUUCGCCGGUGCUCGGAGAAAUUCAAAUCGGUUUGAUGGCCGGCCGCAGCGGGAUCGAUGUUGAGAUAAUCAAGGCAAAGAAUUUGGUGGUAAAGCCGGGAGGCAAAGUGUGUCCAGGUAAUUUGAAUGCUUAUGUAAAUGCUAGUUUUUUGAUUUCAGCUCCCUACGUAAAAGUGUAUCUCAUGGAGGGAAAACAGUGUGUAGCAAAAGCAAAAACGAAUGCUGCCACUAAAACUACAAGUCCGCUGUUUCAGCAACAUUUGAUAUUCAACGACAAUCCAAAAAACAAAACGCUUCAGGUUUUUGACCAUUUUUAAAACGUCCCCCCAAAAUACCUAUGUUUUUUUUCAGGUAACUGUGCUUGGUGAUUACGGUCGUAUGGAGAGAAAAGUAUUCAUGGGAAUCUCCCAAAUCCGAUUACAAGACCUCGAACUCGGACCUCAACCACUUAUAGGGUGGUAUAAACUAUUUCAUAGUUCCUCAUUAGCCGGCACCGGACCGGUCCGCAAAGAUUCAGACGUGUCAGUUGGAGGUGCUCAACAGUGA